AUGAACGUAUGUUUUCUUCACCUUUACCAAUCCACACCCCUACCCCGUCGUUGUCACUCUAUCCCCAUAGAUCCACCAUCCAACGUCUCCAUUAGUAUUGAUGGCGGGACUGUUCGCGAAGAAAUCUCGGCUGGCAGACGUGAAUUUGUCGUGUACGGUAGGGCGGGUGAAAUGAAGACUAUCAUAUGUCGUACCGGUCCGUAUUAUCGAGAUGCUCAGAUCAAAUGGGUUGCCCAGGGCCCCGAUCCCGGACCAUUGAAGGCGCCACGGGAAUUGUUUGGACACACCCGAACUAUACAAACUCCGGAUGGCUAUAGUCGGAUUCAGGAAUCCCGUGUGAAUGUGACUAUCACGGAGGCGGACGAUCGAGGCUACAUUGAUUGUCGUGUCUGGGGUGAAGGUGACUCGAGAGUGGAUGCCCGGGUUCGGCUGGAUAUCAUUUAUCCACCUGGCACUCCAACAAUUUCCGGCUACAAAAGUCUAGAGCCGAUCAAGAUGGCACACUCGCUCGAAUUGACAUGCACCACCUUUGGUGGUAAUCCGCCGCCAGAAUUGGCCUGGUUUAAAGAUAAUCAACAGAUUCUACCGACAAGUGAAGUGACUGUGAUGGGUCGACAAAGUACUUUGAAGCUUAAAAUUAUCCCUCAGAAAGAGGAUAAUGGUGCACACUACCACUGUUCCGCUCGUAAUGCCGCUACCGGGCCGGAGGGGAUUCGAAGUGAUUCGGUGAUUCUGAAUGUGCUAUUUCCACCGGAACGGAUUGUGAUCAGUUUUCACAGUCCCCCGGUCGUAUCCAGUGGUCAUCAACUAGUGAUCAGUUGUCAGGCGGACACUUCGAAUCCUGUGGCCACCAUAUCUUGGUGGCAUUUUCGUUGCGGACCGGCGCACGCAUUUGCGCAAUCAUUCGGGCAAUCCGAGCCGAAGAUAGCCCGCACAGCGUCAGAGAGUACAAAAUGUAAAUCGGUUGCUAUGCAAGGUGAGUUCUACGAGGCGAGCAAAUCUGUGAAAAAAUCUCAUCUAGAUUUACAAUCUCCAGGCACAAACGAAAAGCCGACUCCAGGUGCAUACGGUGGUCUACAGGCUCACAGUCGGUUGUGGCUUCGUCCAACAUGGCACUACCACAUGGACUAUAUCGAAUGUCGAACAGAGAAUCCGGAAUACGGCCCGCCUGUUUGGCACGAUCGGUUACAGUUGAACAUCACGUUCGCUCCACAGUUUCUUGGCCUACAGGCUGUUAGUGAGAAAGUUAUCCGAGAAGGUUCGUCACAUGUCGCUAGCACACCGUUCUCCGUUUCUUACCAUUCUGUGUGGCUAUUUUUCCACCCUUACGAAUGGUAUCUAUAUGAUUAA